AUGGCCUCCCACCUGCCUGACGAUCCCGACGCGAUUGAGCGCCUUCUUGAACCUCUGCGUGCCCAAAGAGAAGUCAGCAGACUGCGGCGUGAAGAGAUCGACCAAAGGUUGGACAAUUGCACCAGUGACCAGCGUUUUGCGGAGCUCCUGGAGAAAGAGAAUUUGCCUAGCCGUCAUGAACAACGAAAGAGGGUUCGCACCUUUGUCAAAACCCAUCGUCUCGGGGUAACAACAGAUCCAGCUGCCACAAUUAGCCAUCAGCAUACCGACGCUAGGCAGGGGUCAGAGGUGCCAAAACUGCAAGGGCACCAAGAUCCGUCUCGGAGGACAGUGCCAAAGAAGAGCGCAGGGAAACGGCAAGCCAGUGCCGAAGACGUUUUGCGCAGUCGAUCAAAACGUCCAUCUCGCCGCUCUGAAGAGAGCGACUGCCCGUUUGCUAGCGAUGCCGAACCCGAAAGCUACGUGCCUACGAUUGCCCCUUCGAAGCUUCGUGCCAAAGAAUACCCAAUUGCGAUACUGUUGCCUGUCCAAGGUGGACGCAACGUCGUCAUACGCAACGGCAUUCCUGAUCGGCUUACGACACUGCUUCGCAAUGAAGUCAAGAAAUGGCUGACGAACGACUUGUGCAUCAGAGCUUGGAACGAUGCCGAUUCGGAAAGGAAUGCUGCUUGCAUGCUCAUAACUGCAGAGAAAUUGAUCGUCUCUGAUAAUCUGCCGAAGGGCCAAGAGCCUACCAGAGCGUGCCGAAACUGCUCCACAAGCGUCGAGGACGGUGGUUUAUACGACCCAAGGCCUUGCGCCAUGCUACGGGCGGAUGCAAAGGGGGAGUACAUACUGGUCCUGCCCUUGCCAGAGGAUCUGCGAGAGGGAAAGGGGUGGAAGGAGAGGGGUUUCUGGGUGAAUGAGACGCCACGAGCUCCUUUCCCCCGGUUCGAUGCUUUGCGCGCGUGA